AGGAAUGUCCUGAGGAAGCAGCGGCACUGGGAGAAGCAAGUGGCUGCGAAGAAGAGCAGGAGGAAGGAGGAGAAGCUGAGGAGGAAGAUGAAUCGUGAGCUGGAGUCCGGUGCUAGCACAGAGCGUCAGUUUACCAAGCGGGUCAUGAAGGCGAUCACUAAAGAGCGUCUAGCUGAGGCUCGGUCCACGGGGCUCAAGCUCUGCGUCGACCUCAGUAUGACAGACUGCAUGUCUGAUAAGGAGAUAAGCCGACUGGCAGGCCAGCUGAGGCGGCUCUACGGGUCGAAUAAGAAGGCGACCCGACCGUUUCACCUGUUUCUGACAGAGCUGAGAGAGGACAGCCGUCUCUACAGAGAGUGCGUGCGAAUGAAUGACGGCUUCCUCAACUACACGAUGGAUAUAACAGACCAAAGCUGUCUGGACCUGUUUCCUCCAGAAUCGGUUGUCUACCUCACUCCAGAUGCUGAAGAAGCGUUGGAAUCCGUGGAUGCUGACAAGGUUUACGUCCUCGGUGGUCUGGUGGAUGAAAGCAUCCAGAAGAAGUUGAGCCUGUCCAGAGCCGGAGAGCUGAGCGUCCGCACAGCGAGGCUGCCUAUAGACGAGUACAUGGUGAAAAAAGACAACAUGAAGAAUUUCCACUCAAAGAUCCUGGCUGUUAAUCAAGUGUUUGACAUCUUGUUGACUUUCUGCGACACCGGCAGCUGGAUGGAAGCCCUGCAGACGUGGUUUCCUCCAGGGAAGGGUUACGUGGUGGCAGCAGGCGAUUCGCCGCCUCCUCCUGCAACAUAGACUCAUCUUGUAGAAUAAGGACUUCAUUUAAUUUCAUAUCAACUACUGAAACUCCUGUGAAAGGACAUUGUUAGAGGAAGACUCUUCAUGCUGCUGGUGGGAGCUGUGACUGGUUAAAGAGGACAGCGCGCUGCUGUUCAGUCAUUUUAACACUGACAGAUGUUUAUUAGCUUUAAAGUGACUGCAGGGACCACACGCAAGAGCAUUUUUGACUGUUUUACUGUUUUUCUAGAGUCUUCAUAUACUGCCUUUAUUUGUUAUUCUCCAGCUUCAGCUUCUGUGAACGGCAGCAUUAUGAGUAUAAUUUAUAUGUAUAUAGAAAGAUGAUUACAUUUCUUAAAAUGGACCAACAGUGAAGUGUUUUGCACUGAAAAUCUUGCUUUAUAUGAAUGUCUCUAUAGACACUGUAUUUUUUUAAACUUCAUGUGUAUAAACAGAGUUAAUACACACUUGCACUUUCAAUUUGCAGUUUUACAAAAAAGCAUAAAAAUGGCCUGUAUUUGUAUAGCGCUUUACUAGUCCCUAAGGACGCCAAAGCGCUUUACACAUGCAGUCAUCCACCC